AUGCUACAAGAAGUUCAGCGUGUUGUUGAGAAACGUAAAGGUACAAAUGUAAGCGUUGCGAAAGCAGAGACGACAGCCAUAUCGGCAAUGACGAGGGUAACGGAGGCUCACGAACAUGCUAAGGCAGAAGAGGACAUUACUCAUGAAGCAAUGGGCGCCGUUUUGAGUGCCGAAAGUUCCGCUUACUCUGCGCACCAAUUCGUCUCCGAAGCCACACAGCUCGACGUUACAAACGAUGGUGUCUUUGAGCGCGUUCAAAAGAAUGUGUAUGACGCACUUCAAGUGGCCACGAAGGGAAUAAAAAAAACGAGUGACGCACUGACCAAGGCAAAACUGGCACUGAAUGCAGCCAAAGUGAUGUCAGAGAAUGCUGAUACAGCCUACCGGGCUGCUACAUCUCUACAUGAAUUCGCUCAAGCUGCGGAAGGAAUUUCCACAGUGAAAGAAGCCGAAGCCAAUGGAGACGAGGCUCUUUCUUCUCCGUUGGUGGGAGGUGAGUCAGAUGUGGCAGCGCAUCCCAAAGCACAGAGCGAUCAGCGAACCGUUUCUCCCAGUGCUGAUGUACGCGAUGAUGAUCCACUUGCACGGAAUACCGGCAACCGCCGUGCUGCCAGUGCACCUCCCACUGGCACAACUGGCGAGGAGCCGACAGUUGAACAGGGGCGUCCCAUGACUACUUCUCUGAAGCAAGCGGAUAUUCACAACACAGCCUCUGACAGCACAAAGGAGAAAGUGAAGGGUGCUGCGAAAUCUGCAGCCAAUGAUGGUGAGGCUGAGAAGGAAGUUGUAAGUAUCGAUGCCGCGAGCACACAACAAUCGACAGAGUCGGAAGCUGAAGGUAGGGCGGGCUGCAGACGCACUGCACGGUGA